AUGGGAACUCCAAAUGAGAAAUCCUCCGUCGCGUCUGCAGCUGAAGAUGGAUCGCAGGAAAAGGGGGAGACCCCACCGGCGCUGCCUAUCCCCGACGGUGGACGCGAUGGCUGGCUCAGUGUGCUGGCUGGAUUCUGUGUAUUUGUCAAUUCCUGGGGCCUGUUGAGCACAUAUGGCGCUUUCCAAGAAUACUACCAGACGACGUUGAUGCCCGAUCAAUCACCCUCCAACAUCUCCUGGGUGGGUAGUAUCCAGGCCACCAUGAUCGUUAUGGUCGGCGUCGUGACCGGCCCUCUCGUCGACGCGGGAUAUCUCCGGCCGUUGAUCAUCGGCGGCAACCUGAUGGUUGUCUUCGGCAUGAUGAUGACCAGUCUAGCCUCCCAGUUCUACCAGGUCCUCCUAGCGCAGGGCUUCUGCGUCGGCAUGGGCGGCGGCAUUGCCUACAUUCCGGCCCUGGUCGUCAUCUCCUCGUACUUCACGACCAAACGGCCUAUCGCCAUUGGCGUCGCCGCCAUCGGAUCCAGCGUCGGCAGCGUCAUCUUCCCCAUUCUGUUCCGGCGUCUCCAGCCGCAGAUCGGAUUCGGCUGGUCCGUCCGCAUCAUCGGCUUCAUCAACCUCUUCCUCGCCUGCGUCACCGUCUCCAUCUUGUGUCGCCGUCCCGGCCGGCGCACCCGCGCCCGCAGCCUUAUCGAGCGCAAGGCCCUCACCGAACCGCCCUUCAUGCUUCUGUCGCUCUCCCUGACCUGCGUCAUGAUGGCCUACUACGUCCCCAUGUUCUACUCUCCCGCCUACGCCCGCACCCGCCUACACACCGACCAGAGCCUCUCCUUCUACAUGGUCGCUAUCAUCAACGGCGCCUCCGCCUUCGGCCGCACCGUUCCCUACCUCGUAACUCUCGUCAUCCCCCACGUCAAGCCCAUCGCCAUCCUCACGGCCGCCACGGCCGGCUCCGCCCUAGCCAUGUUCACCUGGAUCGCCGCAACUGACACAGCCGGAUUUAUCGUUUGGGCCUGCUACUGGGGUUUCCUCAGCGGCGUGCUCGUAACGGGCCCAACUUCCAUCGUCGCCCAUCCGGCUUUCUGCCCCGACGCUAACUUCCUGGGUACUAGGCUCGGCAUGAUGUGGGGGAUUAGCUCAUUUGGGGGGUUGGCGGGGACGCCCAUCGCGGGUGCGCUCGUGGAUAUGGCUCAUGCGGAGUUCUUGCGCGCGCAGGUCUUCGCUGGCUGUUUGAUGCUGGGCGCUGUCGCGUUGCAGAUGUGGCCGACGAUUGUCGUGUUCCGGCAUGAUCGGCUGGGGGGGAAGUAA